CAUAUCCCCCACACGAAAGACAACACAAUUCACAAGCGUAGUCAUAGAACGUUCCUUCCGUUAAAUCACCUCUUCUCUCUCUGUCUCUCUGCACCAUCACUCUUUGGUUCCUCAGCUACAACCUUAAAUACACGUCACGUUCUCUAAUAGCUUAGUAUCACAUCCAUUCUUGUAACCACUUAACCCGGGAAAACUCAGGCUCAGGAAUCUGCCUUUUUUUCCACUCAGACAGUAAAAUUGAAAGACAUUGUUGUUGCUCCAUGCCACUAUGCCUCCUCUUAUCGAUUUUAAAGACAUUCAAGAUAAGCUCUCUACUCAUUUCAGACCAUGGCAACGCUCUUUUCAGUUCUGGGUUCGUGCUGCUGAUAUCUACACUGGCUAUAAGGUGUUUCAACUGAGAGUGAGUUUGGUGAAGGAUGUGGAAAAGCAGGAGGCAAUGUGGGAAAGACAGCAUGAGUUUGCUGCUGACAAGAUUUAUGCUAUGUGUUCUGAUCUUGGUGGGUUCUUUCUCAAGGUUGCCCAAGUCAUUGGGAAGCCUGACUUGGCUCCAGCAGCAUGGGUGAGAAGGCUUGUAACUUUGUGUGAUAGAGCUCCGGCUACUCCAUUUGAUACUGUUAAGCUUGUGCUGGAGAAAGAGUUAGGUCGAAGCAUCGAGGAUAUUUUUGAAAGAUUUGAUGUGGAACCUCUUGGUUCUGCUUCAAUUGCACAGGUUCAUCGGGCAAGAUUGAAAGGUGGCAAGAGUGAUAUUGUUGUCAAGGUCCAACAUCCUGGAGUUCAGGAUCUGAUGAUGACAGACAUCUAUAACCUUCAAGCGUUUGCUUUAUACAUGCAAAAGACAGAUAUCAAAUUUGAUCUGUACUCUGUGACAAAGGAAAUGGAGAAACAGAUUGGAUAUGAAUUUGAUUUCAAGAGGGAGGCUGAUGCUAUGGAAAGAAUCCGGCAAUUUCUGUAUGAGAAUAAUAAAGCAAGUCCAGUUAUAGUGCCACGAGUGCUGAAGGAUAUGGUCAGCAGGAGGGCCUUAAUGAUGGAAUACAUUGAUGGGACCCCGAUUUUGAAUCUUGGUGAUGAAAUAGCCAAAAGAGGAAUUAAUCCUGGUGGUAAGAUUGCAGCGGCAGCAAAGCAGAACAUACUUAAAAGUUUGACACUAGCAUAUGGACAAAUGAUACUGAAGAGUGGUUUCUUCCACGCAGAUCCCCAUCCAGGAAAUAUAUUGAUUUGUAAAGGUUCCAAGGUUGCCUUGCUAGACUACGGGCAGGUGAAGGAUCUCCCGGAUAAGUUGAGGCUUGGAUAUGCAAAUUUGGUACUUGCCAUUGCUGAUUGUGACCCAAUCAGAGCAGCAGAAAGCUACAGGGACCUUGGCAUAGAUACCUCAAGCAAAUGCGAGAAUGAACUGCCGGAAUUGUUUAGGUUGGCAGAAACAAUGUUUGACACAAAACUACCACCUGGAGUGGCAAUGUUGCAACCUUUCGCAGAGGAUUCUUCCAUCAAAAAGGUCUCUGUUGAGGCUUUCCCAGAGGAACUAUUUUCUGUUCUUCGCACAGUGCAUCUUUUGAGAGGUCUUAGUGUGGGUCUUGGUAUCAACUACUCGUGUGCAGAACAAUGGAGACCCAUUGCAGAAGAAGCAUUGUAUCUUGCUGGAAGAUUAAAAGAUACAGAUCUCAAGACUAAGCAUCGCAAACAACGUUUUUUCAGGAGAUUACUUCGAAGUGAGUGACUUGGCUAUUGAUGAAUUAAGCAUUUGCAUCCAUAUGAGUUCAUUGACAAUGAAUGGUUAGGUUUUCUGAUUGCUUAUCACACGCCAUUGUUCUUUUGUAGUUGUUAUUCACAAGUCCUUAUAUGGCACUUGUUUCCACCAUGUACAAUUUAUAGAAAUUUUAUAAUGAUUUCAUGUCAGACGUGUUCUUUAAUGAAUAUCAGUGCACAACAGUUCUCUUCCGCGCA